AUGCGGGUACAAAACUCGUUACCGGUCUUCUUGGCUGCUGCGAGUGCUGUUGUCGAUGCAGCGCCGUCAAGCACACCGAGCAAGAGAGGCGUCGACUUCAAUUGGGGCGGCACGAAAGUUCGCGGUGUCAACCUAGGAGGAUGGCUGGUCCUCGAACCAUUCAUCACACCUUCCAUCUUCGAGUCUCACAGUACCCCCGACUAUCCCGUCAUCGACGAAUGGACCCUUUGCGAGAAACUCGGAAAGCAAGGCUGCUACGAUACCCUAAAGCCCCACUGGGAUACCUUCGUCUCUCUCCAGGACUUCCAAAAGAUUCGCGACUCCGGCUUCAACGUGGUACGCAUCCCCAUCGGCUACUGGUCCUACGUUGAGCCUUGGGGUCCCUUCACUCAAGGCGCAGCACCCUACCUCGACAAAGCCAUCACCUGGGCACGCGAGACCGGACUGAAAGUCGUCAUUGACUUGCACGGCGCACCGAAGAGCCAGAACGGGUUCGACCACAGUGGCCAGAAGUUGGCGAACCCAGGUUGGGGCGAUGCGGACAGUCUCGCGUAUACACAUCAGACGCUCAAGAUCAUCAACGAGAAGUACGCGAAGCCGGAUAUGCAAGAUGUCGUUGUUGCUAUUCAGCCUGUCAACGAGCCAUUCCUGGCAAUGGUUCCGCAGGAUACGGUCAGCCAGUUCUAUCGCGAUGCGUACUACAAUCUUCGCGAGAUCAGCGAUACACCGAUCACAUUGCACGAUGGGUUCUUCGAUCCGAGCUGGAUGAACGGCUUCCUCACGCCUCAAGACAAUGCACAAGGCGUCAUCGUCGAUCACCAUCAGUAUCAGAUCUUCGACGCUGGGCUUGUUGCUAUGGGCGUGGAACAGCACUUGGGGAUGGCGUGCAAUGCUGUCAACAGCUACGCCACAUCCGACAAGUGGACGAUUGUCGGUGAAUGGUCUGGCGCCCUUACCGACUGCGCCAAGCACCUCAACGGCUUCGCAUCUGGCUCGCGCAUGGAAGGUAGUUUCGCCGGCGCGUCCUACAUCGGCUCCUGCAGCGGCAAAUCUGGACGAGUCGACUCGUGGUCUCAGGACUGGAAGGACAGUGUGCGCAGGUAUAUCGAGGUUCAGCUGGACGCAUUCGAGGCCCGUACGCAAGGCUGGAUCUUCUGGAAUUUCAAGACCGAGGGUAGUGCUGGAGAAUGGGAUCUGUUCCAGCUGCUCGAUGGUGAGGUGUUUCCUCAGCCGCUUGGAGACCGCAAAUUUGGCAAGUACUGCACGAACUUCUGA